AAAAAUAUUAUAUUAAAAUAUUAUUUUUUUGAAGUUUUUAAAUAAGAUGCAUUUUAAUAGAGCAUUGGUUAUGGGACUACUGAGUCUAAGCAUUUUACCUAUUCGAUGUAUUGGAUCAGUUGUAUAUUCUUAUGAUAACGUACAUGUACUAGAUCAUAGAGAAUCUAAUAAACUGACUUUAAUCGAUCACAUUCAGCAAAUUAAUGAACGAUGGAUUCCAUGGUUUGGACGUCCUAUUGAUAAAUGAGUGUGAUCCAGAUGGAUUUUUUUUGUUUUGAAAUGAAUUUAGAAUG